AAAUUUUUUAAUUUCUGGUAAAAAAACACGUGAAAGAAACAGCAAUCCUGCGCAUGCCAUUUAAAUAACGUGCAACUAAUAUCGUAUUUAAAUACAGUCUUAAACAAUCGUUGUUUUUUUCCUAUUUGGAUCAACGGAAAAUCAUAGUCCCUGUUAACCAUCGCUUUGUUUGAAAUUUUGGAAGAAAAGAAGAAUUUUUUAAAGAUGGGUCGUACAGUGACGGUAGCAGUUUGUUCACUGAAUCAGUGGGCAUUGGAUUUCGAUGGGAAUUCCAGGAGAAUCUUGCAAAGUAUUCAAGAGGCUAAAGAUGCUGGCGCUACUUAUAGAAGUGGACCAGAGCUAGAAAUUUCUGGUUACAGUUGCGAGGAUCAUUUCUACGAGUCAGAUACAUUGCUUCACAGCUGGGAAGUACUCGCGACGAUUCUUAAAUCACCGGCAACCGAGGACAUGCUGGUAGAUGUUGGUAUGCCGGUCAUGCACAAGAAUGUGACGUACAACUGCAGAGUGGCAUUUCUGAAUCGACGAAUUCUGCUUAUCAGACCCAAGAUGCAAUUGUGCGAGGACGGCAAUUAUAGAGAAUCCAGGUGGUUCUCGCCGUGGACCAAGGAACGCACGGUGGAGGACUACUUUCUGCCUAGAAUGAUAUCUCAGAUCACUAACCAGACAGUGGUGCCAUUUGGCGAUGCUGUUAUUUCAACCAGGGACACGUGCGUAGGAUUCGAAAUUUGCGAAGAGCUCUGGAACCCGAUGAGCAAUCAUAUUCCAAUGUGCUUGGAUGGUGUUGAAAUUAUCGCAAAUGGUAGUGGAUCAUAUUUCGAACUACGGAAAGCUUACGUCACCGUAGACUUAGUUAAGUCGGCUACGUUCAAAUCAGGUGGAUGUUACAUGUUCAGUAAUUUGAGAGGAUGUGAUGGUUCUAGAUUAUACUUCAGUGGUGGAUCCUCUAUUACUUUGAAUGGUCAGAUCUUGAACCGUGGUAAGCAGUUUGCAUUGGAUGAAGUGGAAGUCAUUGUGGCAACCUUUGAUCUCGAGGAUAUAAGGAGUUAUAGAAAUAACAUUAGGUCAAGGUCUCAUCUAGCUGCCAGACAACCAAGCUAUCCACGCAUAAAGGUGGAUUUUGCUCUAACUUCCGAUAUUUUGAUCUCAAUUCCUCCAGAUCGACCGAUCGAUGUAGACUUAGGUCCUUAUGAAGAUGAAAACGCAACAGGAAAACUUGUUUAUCAUACACCAGAUGAAGAAAUUUCGUUGGCCCCUGCAUGCUGGCUCUGGGACUAUCUAAGGCGCUCUUGCCAAGGUGGAUUUUUCUUACCCUUGAGUGGCGGUGUCGAUUCUGCGUCAUCAGCGUGCAUGGUUUAUUCCAUGUGUGAUAUGAUCGUGGAUUCGGUUAACAAAGGAGACGCACAGGUAUUGUCAGACAUCAGGAAAAUAGUCGGAGACUGUGAAUAUGUACCGACUGAUCCAAAACAGCUGUGCAACACCCUUCUUGUCACAUGCUAUAUGGGUACUGAAAAUUCAUCGGCCGAAACAAAGGCGCGAGCAGCUGAACUCGCUAAUCAGAUUGGCUCUUAUCAUCACAGUAUAGUAAUCGAUGUUGCUGUGUCUGCCAUUCUAACGAUUUUCCAACAAGUUACUAAGCUGACACCGAGAUUUAAGGUGCAAGGAGGGUCUCCUAGAGAAAAUUUAGCUCUGCAGAAUAUCCAGGCACGCUUGAGAAUGGUGAUAGCUUAUCUGUUUGCCCAAUUGAUGCUCUGGGUCAGAGGACGACCGGGUGGUCUUCUGGUAUUAGGGAGCAGUAACGUUGAUGAAGCGCUUCGUGGGUAUUUUACCAAAUAUGAUUGCAGCAGUGCCGAUAUCAAUCCUAUCGGUGGAAUUGCAAAAAACGACUUAAAGUCAUUCCUUUCUUACUUUAGGAGAAAACAUGGAAUAACUGCUUUAGAUAAAAUCUUAGAUGCUCCUGCUACCGCAGAAUUGGAACCUCUUCAAGGAGGACAGCUUGCGCAGCUUGAUGAGAUCGAUAUGGGUAUGACGUACAAGGAGCUUGGUAUUUUUGGACGUUUAAGGAAACAGGAUUGUGCAGGUCCCUUCACAAUGUUCUGCAGACUCGUCCACAUGUGGGAUAAAUGUACCUCAAAAGAAGUGGCAGAUAAGGUGAAACACUUUUAUAGAUGUUAUGCUAUAAAUCGUCAUAAAAUGACUAUCUUGACACCAUCUUGCCACGCCGAGACUUACAGUCCCGACGACAAUAGAUUCGAUCAUCGACCUUUCUUGUACAAUCAUACGUGGAAAUGGCAGUUUAACGCAAUCGACGAACAGGUGAAAGGUCUUCUCAACGAGGAGAAAUCACCGAGAGGUCGAAAGGACGUGCCGAAAGUACCUGCGAAGCCCAGAUUCAUGCCGUUCAGCUCCGUAAUCAGUAAUAAAACACAUCCUGGAGUAGUAGUUUAACCGUAGCAGUAUCUCUGUCUCUUAUCAUUUUGAUAUUGCAGCCUUGCGAGCGCAUCGAAACGCAAGUUUGGUAGAUGACCAUUUGUGCGUCCGACCAGUCCCUUGUAUCAUUGGCGCUGUUUCUUCCGUUAGAGAUUCCUCCACGAAGAAUCUUUGGCUACGCUUUGCUAUAAAGAGAUUGGUGAACGGAAGGAUUGCAUGACUCAUAGAUUGUAUUAUAUUAAUGCAAUUAAUGAGCAGAAAUACAAAUAUUAAAGAUAUGCAAAUUCCACAUAUAUACAUAUAUUUAUAUAAAUUGUGUGUAACUAGUUCUUAAUACAUAUGAUCAUCCUCUUCAGACGCUCCGUAUAUAAAGUAUUAAAAAUAAACAUAGUUGCAGAAAUAAAUUGACACGUGUGCAUAUAA